AUGAGUGGGAGAAUUAUGGAGAAAUUAAAUUUGUAUGGUUUGAGCCAUCUCUUCAUUACGGUUUUUCUUCAUAACUUAUCGACAUUCAUGGUGGUGCCGGCCAUCACAGAUGUCACCAUGGCUGCGCUUUGUCCCGGACAAGAUGAAUGCUCAAUUGCCAUCUACCUCACUGGUUUUCAACAAGCGAUGAUAGGAUUGGGAACGCUUGUGACGAUGCCUCUUUUGGGUAGUCUCUCCGAUAAGUAUGGGAGGAAAGCUAUUCUCACACUUCCUAUGACCCUCAUGAUUAUUCCCUUGGGGAUAUUAGCUUACAGUAGGACAAAAACAUUCUUCUAUGUGUAUUACGUAUUUAGGAUCAUCAUUUUCAUGAUCUGUGAUGGAUGCAUUCCUUGCCUCGCUCUAGCUUAUGUUGCAGAUAAUGUUCCAGAAAGUGGGAGAAGCACUGCCUUUGGAAUUCUUUCAGGGAUUGGAUCCUCUGCUUUUGUUUGUGGUACACUAGCAGCUCGUUUUCUAUCUACUGCUCAAACUUUUCAGGUUUCCACUUUUGCUGCGGUGCUCGGAGCAGUUUACAUGCAAAUUUUCCUUCGAGAUUCUGUCAUGGAUCAAAACAACGUCCUUUGUACCCCGAUCAUUUCACAGGGAAAGCCAAUAAUUUCUUGUAAAUCGAAAUCUAACAUGCCGUUGUUGAAAGCAUUACGAUCUUUGCAGGAUCUAACAUCUUUCCUCAAUAGUAGCAAGAUUAUCACUCAAGCAGCAAUUGUUGCAUUCUUCAGUAACCUUGCAGAUGUUGGUUUUCAUGGUUCAAUGAUGUAUUACUUAAAGGCUCAGUUUCAUUUUGAUAAGAAUCAUUUUGCUGAUUUAAUGAUCAUUUCUGGUAUUGCGGGGACUGUAUCACAGCUUUUUCUUAUGCCGAUUUUUGCUCCUACUGUGGGUGAGGCAAGACUUCUUUCGAUCGGAUUAUUUUUUCACUUUUUACAUAUGUUCAUUUACAGCAUAGCAUGGUCCUCCUGGGUUCCUUAUGCUGCUGCAAUGUUCUCAAUUUUGUUUGUUUUUUCACAACCAUGUAUACGAAGUAUUGUGUCUAAACAAGUUGAUCCACACGAGCAGGGAAGAGCUCAAGGUUGCAUCUCAGGCAUAUGUUCAAUUGCUCAUAUUGUAUCUCCCUUGGUUUUCUCUCCAUUAACGGCUCUAUUUUUAUCUGAAAAGGCACCUUUUAGUUUUCCUGGCUUCAGUAUAUUGUGUAUUGGAAUUGCUUCGAUGAUAUCUUUUUUUCAGAGCAUGAUGCUCAGAGUGGUUCCUCCCAUUUUGAGUUAGAUGGACAUAGUUGACUUCAACCCUAAUUAUUUAAAAAGAUGGUGAAUACUCGCAUAAAGUGGAAUUCUUCUUUAUUUGUAGGAGUUUUGUGUCUUCAAUUGUAUUUAGAUGAUGAAGCAAUGUGUUGAAUUGAAUAAGCAUAUUCGUAUACGGAAAUGUUUCAUGAACACAUAUUUAAAACACAUACCCAACAAAUAUACGGUUGGUAUACCAUUUUCAUCUUUGAAAUAAUACAGUAAUAUAUUUUCUUU